AUGAGACUAAACCCAUCGAAGUGUGCUUUCAGGGUCCUGUCGGGGAAAUUCUUUGGCUUCAUUGUGUCCAAAAGAGGAAUUGAAGCCUCUCCAGAUAAGAUAGAGGCGAUAGUCAAUAUGAAACCACCAAAAAAUCUGAACGAGACUCAACAACUGUUGAGGAGAGUGGCUACCUUGGGAAGGUUCGUAGUCAGGUCAACAAAUAAGUGCCUCCCCUUUUUUCAAGUACUGUGGAAGCGACCAGAGAAGGGUGACGUACUCUAUACGUUUCUAGCAGUCUCCCCACACGCUGUAUCCGCCUUUCUCGUAAAUGAGGAAGGAGCCGUCCAACAUCCGGUAUAUUAUGUGAAUCGAGUGCUCAGAGGAGCAGAAGCAAGGUAUCCUCGAAUUGAAUUAUUGGCAUUUGCCUUGGUAGUGGCAGCUAGGAAACUCCGUCCUUAUUUUCAAGCCCACACAGUAAGGGUACUAACGGAGGCUCCGUUGGCAAAAAUUCUGAGGAAGCCAGAUAGCACAGGAAGGCUGAUAGGUUGGUUAAUCGAGCUGAGUGAGUUCGAUGUAGAGUAUGAGCCAAGGAAAGUAAUUAAAGGACAAACAAUGGCGAAUUUUGUAGCAGAAUUCUCAGACUUACCCCAGGAGGAGGCAAUAGCACCAUCAGGGAAGCCGUGGGUGUUAUAUAUAGACGGAUCAUCUUGCCGGAUAGGCGAAGGCUUGGGGAUACAUUUACUAAGCCCUGACGGCCAAGAGUGGUAUUACAUGGCAACGCUGGCAUUCAAAGUCACCCCCAAGCAGGCGUUACUCUCAAUCCUUAAGAAAAAGGUCGCGAAGAAUAAAAGAGAUUGGGCGGACGAGCUACCAGAGAUACUUUGGGCAUAUAGAACUACAACAAAAACUCCGACAGGGGAAUCCCCAUUUACACUGGCAUUUGGAUGCAAGGCAGUUACUCCAGUGGAAGUAGGGUUACCAACCUACAGAACGAGCCAUUUUUCAAAUGCCCAGAAUGACAAGAAGAUAGAAGAAUACCUCGACUUACUCGAAGAAGAAAGAGAGAUGACAAAAGUUCAGAUGCUGCAGGAAAAGAAGAAAGCUGAACAGUACUUCAAUAAAAGAGUAAGGCCCAGGACUUUUAAAGUGGGCAACCUGGUUUUGAAGAAAAGCGGGUUGACUACCCAAGGCGAGGAAAAAAUGAGACCCCGAUGGGAAGGUCCUUACCUAGUGGUAGCCAACAACAGGCCUGGAUCGUAUCGGUUGAAAGACAGCCAGGGCAAGGAAUUACUGCACCCGUGGGACGCGGAGCACUUAAAGAAAUUUUAUCAAUAA